AAACAUGAAGAUAGCACAAUUGAGUAGCUACACUACGCAUCAAAGUGCUUAUUUAAUUCGCUAGGUAGUUCCCUGGCCUUGACGAUCAAUUGUUCAUCACCAUUUUUGCUUUGCGACACCGUACGUCCAUGUUGCCCCAAACAACUCCGCUUAAUUUGCAUUGACGAUCACUUCUGCCACCAGGGGAAGUGGAGAUCCAUCUCGAUCGAUCGAUAGAUAUGGGUUAGAUUUGUUUUGUGGAGCUUCUUUUACUUGUCCUUGGAGAUAGACAGGAAUUCAUCAUGCGUCGGGAGCGCAUUGAUGCGACUAGUGUUGAGGCGGCGGUAGAAUCACUAAUCCCUUACUUGGAGGAUACCAGCAGUGCUGCACAUAAGUCCAUCUACUUUGACGGAUGGGAUGGACUGGGUGCGUCUGCGGUGCUCAGAGCGAUAGCAGAAAAUCCAGCGCCAUCUCUGAGGAAGAAAUUUGACAGGAUUAUCCAUGUUGACUGCUCGAGAUGGAAGAAACGAAGGCAACUGCAAAGAGCGAUCGCUGAUCAACUCAAGCUUCCUCAGCAUGUAAUGGAUUUGUUUGAUAGGCAGGAUGAGGAGGAUGAUUUCAGCGGGGUUGAAGAAAGCUCCAGAGCAGAGGUAACAGAUAUCGGAAAGGAGAUCUAUCAAACCAUCAAGGACCUCAGUUGUUUGUUGAUUUUUCAUAAUGGGAGUGACGACACAGUUGAUACAAGCAAACUUGGCUUCCCCCUAUACGAUUGGUCUGAUAAUAAAGUGCUUUGGACCUUCAGAGGAAGGCUACGGCUCAAUCCAAAAAUUGCAGAUAAUGUGGACAGUUCACACCUCAAUAUUUAUAGUCAUUAUUAUUAUCAUUUUUAUUCAUUUGAAAGUUUGAAUGAUUUAUUACCAAGAGAAGCUGAAGAAAUCACUCAAUACUCAGGUGAGCUCCACCUUGAUGGCACCAAAGCUGCAGAAUGUUGCUUGUAUCUAUUGUCUCUGAAUUAUAGGGGUGGCCACAUCAUGGACUACAACUGGGCAACCCAUGCCUGCAACUAUUGGGUUUGCGAUGGAAUAAUAACAGUACAAGAAGAAAAAGGAGGAGGUAGCCUACAGGAGGACCAAGCAUGGGAGCUUGCAGCUGCUCUGCAUCAGGAGAUACGUCUAGAGGACUACUCAUCCAACAGAGUGCCUGGUUUUGGUCAUUAUUUGGAUACUCCCCCAAAUCGAUGGGUUUUGGUCACCCAGGAGUCUGACAUGAAGGACAAACCAACUCUAGAAACAACGUCCUUGUUCAUUGCAUUCCAAAGUGUGGUAUUGUUACCGGAUGACAUGUUCCAUCAAGCAAACAAAGUCCAAGUACUGAGAUUGUGCAACUGUGCCUUCAACUUUUCGUCACCUCCUUUCCAUUGCUGCCACAACUUAAGAUUUCUUGGCCUGGAUAAAUGCCAAGAUCAUCGGACACAAGAAGCUGGAGAGGAUAAGAGCAACACUAGUUCAGCACUGGAGUUUUUUCAGAGGCUAUGGGUAUUAGACAUAUGCUACAUAGAUUGGGAGCUGCCUUUCCCUACAGAGAGUACAAGAGAGCAGCAAAUGGCAAUGAACAUUAGGGAGGUACAUAUAAACAAGGGAAGGAUUUGGCGCAGAAAUUUUGCAUGGCGGCGAUUGAAGAACCUUCGAAAGCUUCGAGUAAUUGAGCCUACACACCCUUGGGGUAACAAAGGGGAAAUAGAUGAGUUUGCUGACAUGCUGAAGCUGGAGAUCCUUGACCUGUCUAAGAAUACUAUGAUACAAGUUUUGCCAAGCCUAUGUGGUGCCAGUAGCCUCAAAACACUGAUCCUAGAUGAUUGUGUUGUGCUGGAACAAGUUGGCCCCCAGGGACUUCCUCCUUCGCUUGAAUCAUUCAGCUUUGCUUCAAGAGAAGGAAACAAAGCUAAAAUCUCAUCUAUCUCCUUGGCUGGUUGCUCGAGCUUGGUGAACUUCACAUUACGUGGGCCAUUGCAAAACCUUAGGGGAUUGGACCUCUCUGGCACAAUGAUAAAAAUGCUUGACCUUCGAGAUGUACAAGACUCAUGUAUUGGACAAAUAAUUCUGCUACGGUGUGAGAAGCUAUGCACCAUAUUAUGGCCAGAGAAAGGAUUCCCAAACCUAAGCAUGCUACACAUUGAUUCAUUGGUUUGCCAUGUAGAAACAGAGCAGCAGCAAGCAUAUGCAACCGUGAUGGAUUUAAGAUUUGUUCAAUCCUUGGUGUUAAGAAGCAAUAACAAGUUCUGUUGGAACUGCAAUAAGACCCAUAUAAAUAUAUGCAUCUCUUCUACCCCAAAAGAUGCAACACCAAAAAAGAAGACAAUGAGCUAUUACAGCGCUCAAAAAGUAGUUGGCUCACCUCUACACAUGCCAAUAGUCACCACCAUUCAACCUGUUGUUUGCUACAAGGAUGUCAACUUGGCCAUGAUAUCUGCUAUUGAGCUGGAAGGCAGCAGUGCACCACGGCAUGAGCCACUAGACAUCCAUGUGGAGAUCGGAGAGGGAAUAAGCUAUGCUAAUGUUGUCAGUGAACAAGCAUUGAGUGCAGUAUCAUUUAUGAUGAACAAGGCCAAGUCUUUGCACGUACAUGACAAUUUUUCAAUCACCAGUGUUAACCCUAAACACGUGAUUUUGACAGAGGAUAAGGAAAUUACAUGGUAUUGUCUAAAGAGGUGCCACAUUGAGAGAUGUCACAAGUUGAACACUGUCUUCUCUACCGAUUAUAUCAAAUACCGCUUUCAAACACUGGAGGCAUUUUCAGCAGCUGAGCUCAUGAUGGCAAAUUGUAUUUGGAGCAGAGGAAGGACAUUCCCUGGUUGGAACAGUAAUAUGUUUGCAAAACUGAGGAGUAUACACUUACACUACUGUCCGAGGCUCACGUUUGUGCUUCCACUAUCAUGGCCUACUCCAUACUCACACUUGCCCAGCUUGGAGACUCUCCACAUCGUCUACUGCAGUGAACUCAGACAGAUCUUCCCCGUGGAGGCAGUUGCUCUAAGGGAACAACCAAGAGGUGUGCUGAGAUUCCCAAAGCUGAAGCACAUCCACCUGCAUGAUGUCCCCAAGCUGCAUCAGAUAUGCGAAAUCAGCAGGAUGGUUGCUCCUGUGCUCGAGACAAUCAGGGUGAGGGGAUGCUGGGCUCUCAAGCGCAUCCCCGCCAUCAACGGUCGCCCAAUCGUGGACUGCGAGAAGGACUGGUGGGAGAAGCUGGAAUGGGAGGGGAUGAAUGUUGGCCAUGACCCCUCCCUCUUUGAGCCUCGCCACUCGAUGUACUACAAGAAGGCUCUACCCAGAUGCUCUCUUCUCCGGUGAGGCGACAUGCAGACGCUGUAUCAACUGCUGCUCACUUGUUAAGAUUUACUGAUGGAUCAACCAAGUUGUCUGCAUGCUUUCUUCCGUCUCGCUGCAGUGGUUUCGAGUGUUUGCUUGUUUUCUGAAGAAUAAAUUGGUGCAUCAUGUGCUUGCAGCAAGCACCUCUGAGUUGUAUAUAUUGUUGUGUGCUUGCAUACUAAGUUAAUUAAUUCGCGUGUGUGUCUCUCAGGGGAGUGACGCAGAACCAUCUGUGUGUGUGGAUUUGUUGAUGAUGUAUGUGCUUGAAAUAAGAGGGUCUGAUGGGCCUCUGUGGUGUGCCUACCACUAGUUCCCAGAAGUUCAUGGUGUGACAGUGUGUAAUUGCAAACGAAUGGACAUAAAUUAAAUAUUGAUGCUGCAUCGUGGUGAUGCUGCAACAAAUGUAUUGUGUGAUCUACAUGUGGACUACUGAUUUGAUUGUUUAA